CAACUGCUGCCCCCACAACUACCACUUCUGCUCCCACAACAACAACAGCAGCUCCAGCAACCACAACAAUACCUCCCACAACCACAACUACUGCCCCCACAACUACCACUGCAGCUCCUACAACAACAACAGCAGCUCCCACUACCACAACAGCAGCUCCAACAACAACAACAGCUGCACCAACAACAACAACCCCCACAACCACAACUGCUGCCCCUACAACUACCACUUCUGCUCCCACAACAACAACAGCAGCUCCAACAACCACAACUGCAGCACCCACAACCACAACUGCAGCUCCCACAACCACAACUGCUGCCCCCACAAUGGCACCAACAACCACAACAGUUGCUCCCACAACCACAACAGCAGCCCCCACAACCACAACUGCUGCGCCCACAACUACCACUUCUGCUCCCACAACAACAACAGCAGCUCCCACUACCACAACAGCAGCUCCAACAACAACAACAGCUACACCAACAACGACAAGUGCCGCUCCCACCACAACAACAGCAACUCCAACAACAACAACAGUAGCUCCAACAACCACAACAGCAGCACCAAC